AUGCUCGACUUUCUCGAUCAAGUCGCAAAGAGGUACAAACAGCAAGCCGUUGCAAACAAGAUACCUGAAGAAGAUGCGGCUGAGAUGGAGCAAUUACUCGUCGAUACUCAUGCACAGAUGCGAUCUUGGAACGCGGGCCUCGAAGAUCGUGCGGAAUAUCUCUCCAAGCGAGGGCAAGCUCUCGUACAAACUACGUUCUUCAGCACCACCUUCUUCGACUUCAAACCAGAUCAAGACGACAAGGUCUACUCACAGUGGAUCUGGCUGUAUUUCUUGGUAACAAUCAUCUUGAACUUGACUGUGUUCUUUGGCACAUGGUAUGUGUGGCGAAAGAAAGAGCUCGAAAUCAUGGCAUCAUUCAACUCAGCAGAGAAAGAGCCAAAAGUCCAGAUCGUGGAAACAUCUGUAAGUAGACUUGAUAUUGAGACUGCGCAGUAUGUUGAGCAGGAGAUCGGUCACGCGGCACCGGGGGUGAAGUCGCACACGAACUCGAGAUUUGAUCAACCGAGCCAGCGACAAACACGUUACGCCAAAACAGAGACAAACGCAUAG